GUCACAUGACCUGCCGGAGUUGAUUAACUCGUUCUUUGAAUGCUUAAAUUGAAAGUACAGAUAAUCAGUCGUAACUAUGUUGGAUUUCCCAUUACUGUGGAAAUGAAACAUGGAUGGUGAAUGUUAAGUCAAAUUAAUGAUGCUAUGAUCCAAGAAUGGAGUCCAAAUCUUGGCAAGAUUCUCUUUCGUUAAAAGAGGCACUUUUGCGCAUGCUGGAGAAUGAGAUAUCCUAUGACGUCAUAUUCCAUAUUGGUGAGAGAUCAGAUGAAGUUCGCAGUCAUAGUUUUAUUCUGACUGCGCGUAGCCAUGUUUUUCAAGCUAUGCUUGAAGGACCAAUGAUAGACCGUGAUCCAAAUGGAAGGGUGUUAGUUUCUUUACCAGAGGUGGACGUAGAAAUGGUUCAGUGCUUUCUCAGAUAUCUGUACACAGACGAUAUUGAACUUUCAGAAGAUAACGUGAUGCCAUUGUUGUAUUUGGCCAGAAAGUACUUGGUUCAAACCCUGAUUGAUAAAUGUCAGAAUUUUAUAAAAGACGCAAAACUUUUGGAACCCGAAAACUCGGUAGAAAUAUACCACCAAGCUUUCCUGUUUGAUCUAGGAGAUCUGAUGGCCGACAGCAUGAAAACAAUCAAUCAAAGAACAAAACAGUGCCUUGAAUCCGACUCCUUCCUGACACUUCCACAGGAGUGUGUUCGAAUGAUCAUUGCAGACGAUCAUCACCAGGUGGAAGAGGAUGUAAUUUAUAAAAACGUUAUAAGAUGGUGCGAAGAAGAAUGCAUAAGAAGAGGUGUAAGCGGAAGUGACGAGGUGAUCCGCGAGAUUUUAGGAGAUAUUUUAUAUGAGAUAAGAUUUCCAAAUAUGAAUAUUGCUUUCUUUCAGUCGUCCAUCGAGAAGCGACGUAUUUUGACGGAAGCUGAGAAGAAAGAAGUAAAGGAUUUGCUGAAAGGUGUGAAUAGGAAUACCUACCGAGGGCUGUUUAAAUGCAAACCCAGGAAUAUUUGUCAAAGAGUGAUGAGAAUGGAAUUACAUGAAGAAGAGAUGGUGCUAGACGACAUAGAAAAUGCAAUUGCUUUUGAGUCUUCCGUAGAAUGUGUACUACAUGGAAUAGUAACUUAUGGAUUAAGUCAUGCAGUAGCGAAGUUUACAUUCUACGUUAAGGUUAUGGAUGACGAGGAUAAAAUUUUAGUAAAUGAGGAUUUUUGUAUGGAGUCUGAUUCAAAAACUCAGUUAUACAAUGCCAAAUUUCAAAAAGCUGUAGAGGUUGUGCCAGAUCGAAAAUACCGUGUCAGUUUGACUUUGGACGAUACCAACUGGUCGUGGAAAGGAAUAUAUGGUCGCCAUUCAGUCCCUUUUAAGGACGGUGAGGUUAAAUUUACAGACUGUAGUGGAGAAGCUGAGGAAACCGGCAUGCUGGGAGGCCAGAUUCCCGGAUUACUUUUAUCAUGAGUCAUCAACAGGAUCUGGGAAUCCUCUGACUAUAAUUGAUUACACUCUAAUCAGUUGUAAAUACGAUUUACGGAGUCAUUUCUAACAAAUUAAUGAUACAUCGCAUUUUAGAAGCCCUUUGGAUGCAUAAAUAAUUAUAUAUUUAAUUAUAGCCUGUUGAUGAAGACUAUCCUUGGUUUUAUCGCACCCAAUACAACGAGGUCCGAAGUCAAUAUUAUACUAUUGGUUGGUGUGGGAAAAACGCCACGGUUUGAACGAAGUCAACCUACUAUAAUUGUUGCUUUAUUUUUCUUCAGAUCCAUUUAUGGGAUCAUAAGGUUUUCACAAUUGUGAUAUUCUUUAGUAAUUAAUAUUUUUCAGAUAUAAUUUGGUUAACAGGACUGUUAGUCCCCGAGGGUCUCUACAGCCCAGUAACUAAGUACUUCGUUACUAGCUUGAAAACACGGAUGUAUAUUUAAUUGCUGUGAUAAUAUUUAGAAAUUCAUAUCAAAAUUAAGGAUUAUCUCCCUCAUGCAUAGCUCUUGUCCUUAGACGAAUUUGACUCCACGUUUUAGCACUCUGUUUUUCCCUAUAUAAUAGCGCUUACAAGUUUAUCGCUAUUUCGAAUUUCAAACAUUUCGGUUGAGCAUCACUGAAGAGACAUUAUUUGUCGAAAUGCGCAUCUGGUGCAUCAAAAUUGGUAUCGUAUAAGUUUUACAUUUAUACGAUAUUUCAUGAUUGAUUUGAAAAUAUAAUUCUUCUGAAUUACAAUCCAAAAUGAUAAAUAGAGUGAACAUGAAAUUGUACUGGAAAACUUAAUUUGAUGGAUGUACGAGUUGUUAGUAGGCAGGUUCUGCAUAUGACAAUCGGGGGAGCCUGUAUGUAAUAUAUCCAUGUAAGUAUAUCAAGAAAGCAGCGAUUUGUGUAAUGAUACAAUCUAAUUAAAAUUAGAUCCUUUGACCCGCUCCCGUAUAUCACUACGAUCAAAGGAUAUAAUUUUAAUUAGAUUGGUAAUGAUAAUUAUAUGUGUUGAUGCAUGCCGACUACCUGGUCAAAACCAUGGUGCUGAGUUCAAAACUGACAGUAACUGUAUAUUGGUUAAGAAAACACACCACACACCUUGGUUUCUAUUUUGUUGUUUUGCCGCGUUGACUGAUCUUAUUCUAUUCAAUAAAUGCAUCUGAAAAAUUAAAA